UACGACUGGUAGUUUAAGCUUUCAGAAAUAAUUUAAAUUUAGUUUCUUGUCGAUUUCCAACGCGUUCACAACCCAAAAACAGCGCCAGGGUAUUGCGCCCGGUUCGCAUGGCAGCUAUCUAUAUAAGUAUUUCGAGUGCUCGUGCGGUCGACGGUUAUAUUAAAGCUAUAUAAAUAUCCAUGUGUGCGGCCCUGCCAGGGUGCAUGAGAUUGAAGAAAAAUACAAUUUGGAAGCGUUGCAUUGCGUGGAUCGUAUUGAAGAUAUUGUAAACAAAUAUUUUUGAAUCUCUCAGAAGAGGCAGCCAUUUCCGAUAUUUCCGAAAAGUCUUGCAUUUGAAAUCCGCUGGAAUAUUUAUAGGAAGUACGCUGCUUAUUAGGAAGAAAAAAAACGAUGCUAUUUAUAAAUCACAGCUAAUUUCUGUGUUCCUAAAUGUUUUGUAUUAAGUGAAUGUUCCAAAAUUAAAUCAAAAUAUCGCGAACAAGGCAAUAGCCUGUUGUGUGUGAUCGAAAGUGAAAGAAAGGAUUCGGGGAUUGCAUCCCUUGAAAUGAAUGUAUAUGUACAUGGUGUAAUCGGCAGGUAAAUGCCGCUGAAUAAUCCGAAGCAAGACGCACAGAAUCCCGACCCGACGGUUACGCAACACAGCUGAAAGAUCCACACCGUCUACAUCCAAGAGGCUGGCCCCAUUCCCCGUCUUCCAGCCGCAAAUUAUUCUAAAUGCGGAAGUAUUUCGUAAAAAGAAAAGCUGAUAAGUUGUACGAGAACAGAUGCAUCAUCUGUACCCAUCGCUAAAAGGCGAUCAGCUCUGCCCCCUCGGCUUCCAUCCCCAGACUCGUUAUCCUACGCGAUGUAAGCGCUGCUUCCGGGAUUACAAGGAGCAUGGAGCCCGUAGAGCCGGCGAAGAGGUGGCCGCCUCCUCGCCUAAUCUCUCAGAUGCCCAGAAUUCGCGACCCUCUUCGCGGACGUGGACGUCAACUCAGAAUCUUUCCAGCGCAAACACAACCAACGGCAAUGAUAUAGAGCUGAAGAAGCGUCCGCAGUCAUGGGCCUCCACGCCGGAUAUCGACGAGCCGGACGAUGCCGGACGCCGUCCGCAAGCACCGACCACCAGUCGAGCAGCCGCCGUCGAGAAUCAUGAUGUGGCUGUUACGUUGAAGCUGCCGGUGCCGCCACGGCGACACACAACCGCCUUAGACAUCAAGGAGGUGGAACAAGCUCUAUUACCGCCAACCCGUGUCACAUCCUCACCCAGUAAAACUUCAAGUAUUCCAGAUGAGUUAGUCAUCCUAUCGACAGACAGUCUAGCAGAGCGUGUCCGCAAAAUGAAUCUUCUUAAGAAACAGCGGAGUCUGAACUCCAGGGAAAACAGUCGGGAGCGUUCCGUUCCACGGAGAGAAGAAGAAAGUGAGUCCACAGCUGUCUCAGCACCCGUGGUUCCCGAUCGUCCAGAGCGCAGCAAGUCCGGAACUAACUUAAAUCAAACGCCCCAAGCCGAGCUGAAGCGAGCCUCCUUGCCGCCAAAGAAAGUGGCGGUCCCAGCCAUCACGACAUCGUCCAGCACCAGUGGCACCACCUCCCUGAAGAUCUCCACUUCCGGCAGCGAAGUGAAGGCCUCGUCCUUGAGUUCAUCGACGAGCUCCAGUUCGGUUCGCCGCAAGGAGGUGGAACCAGUGGUUAAAAAAGAAAUCAAAAGACAAACCGUACCCGCAGCAUCGGCAUCCCACUCUAAUAACAGCACCAUUGCCACUCCAUCCAAGUCACAGGACUCACAGGCUAUGCAGGAGCAAAUGAAGACGCUGCGAGAGGAUCUGGAGACGAUGAAGACACGGGCUGAAAGAGCGGAGCGGGAUAAGAGUGAUAUUCUUCUGCGGCGACUGGCCUCUAUGGAUACCGCCUCCAAUCGGACCGCCGCCUCGGAGGCACUUAAUCUCCAGCAGAAGCUGAACGACAUGAAGGAGCAAUUGGACCGCGUCACCGAGGACAAACGCAGGCUUAACCUGCGAAUGAAGGAGCUGGAAAACAAGGGCAGCGAGUCCGAGCUCCGAAGAAAGCUGCAGGCCGCCGAGCAGAUUUGCGAGGAGUUGAUGGAGGAAAACCAAAGCGCAAAGAAGGAGAUACUCAACCUGCAGGCCGAGAUGGACGAGGUGCAGGACACGUUCCGCGAUGACGAGGUAAAGGCUAAGACCAGUCUCCAGAAGGAUCUCGAAAAGGCCACCAAGAACUGUCGAAUCCUCAGUUUUAAGUUGAAGAAGAGCGACCGUAAGAUCGAGACCCUUGAGCAGGAGCGGCAAAGCUCCUUUAACGCUGAACUGUGCAACAAGGUCAAGAAACUGGAAGAAGAGCUGCGUUUCUCCAAUGAUCUCACAAGGAAGUUGCAGGCAGAGGCCGAGGAGCUUCGCAAUCCGGGCAAGAAGAAGGCACCUAUGCUCGGCGUCCUGGGCAAAUCCACAUCGGCGGAUGCCAAGAUCACCCGAGAGUCCCUUACACGAGGCGGAUCCCAGGAGGAUCCUCAGCACCUUCAGCGCGAGCUACAGGACUCGAUUGAACGCGAGACGGAUCUGAAGGACCAACUGAAAUUCGCCGAAGAGGAGCUUCAGCGAUUCAGGAAUCGCAAGCAAAACCGUGUUAGAUUCAGUUGUGGCACUCAAACCGCUUCUGACACGCCCCUCGAGGUGAUGGCUUUUCCUCGAGGCACACAAACUUUGGCCAUUAGCCAGAGCGAAAAAUCUACCAGUUUGGAGAACUUGGUGACCUCUAAAGAGGCUGUUACCCAAACAGAUCUUGAAUCGAUCGAUCCAAAUGCUUCAACGGAACGGGAAACAAUGCGGUCCCCAUUUGUGGGACUUUUUCCACCUUCAUCAUCCGCCAGGGUCGGCCAGUCUGGUUCCUUGCUCUUCCCCAGCGCCAUUUCGCGUAUCCUUAUGACUGGAUCAGGUCGCAAGCUGAGUCCCACACCGCAUCCUCACCGACUGGCACCCGAAGUUCACGCCGAUCGCGAUGAGGGAAUCUCCGACGAGGAUGAUCCCGCCGAGCUUAGGAUUCUGUUGGAGCUUAACGAACAGGAGGCCUCUAUUCUGCGGCUCAAAGUGGAGGAUCUGGAGAAAGAGAAUGCCGAGUCCAAGAAGUACGUGAGGGAACUCCAGGCCAAGCUCAGACAGGACAGCUCCAAUGGCAGCAAAUCCUCUCUACUGAGUUUCGGCACCUCGUCCAGUGCGGCCGAAAAGAAGUUGAAGACCCUCAACGAGGAGUUGGGACAACUUCGCAGGACGCUGUUGGAAAAGGAACAGGCGGUGGACAAAUUGAAGGAUCAGCUCAGCAAAUUGGACACCCUCGAAACCGAAAAUGAAAAGUUGGCCAAGGAAAACAAGCGUCUACUGGCGCUGCGAAAAGCGAGCGAGAAGACCGGGGAGGUGGAUCAAAAGAUGAAGGAAUCCCUGGCGUUGGCCCAGCGUGAAAGGGAUGAGCUAACGGCCCGUCUCAAGCGGAUGCAGUUGGAGGCGGAGGACAAGCUGCCACCACGUUCCGCCAAAAGAGUCAACGACCUGACGCCCAAGAGCCACCUUAAAAAGUGGGUGGAAGAACUGGAGGACGAAAUUGGCGAAAUGCGUGUCAUGCUCAGUUCCAGUGGAACCGAGCAGCUCAAGGCCCUGCAAACGGCCAAGGGAACUCUGGAGGAGGACUUGAGGAAAUGUAAGCAAAAACUGUCCCUGGCCGAAGGUGAUGUCCAGCGAUUGAAGCUUCUGAACGGAGCCAGCAGCAAAGUCGGCGAUUUGGAACAGAAGCUUAAACAAAGCGAUGAGGACACAAAAAAGCUAAAUUCAAAGAUGAAAGACUUGGAGGAAAAGGUCAAGAAGCAGGAGGCUCAAUUGAAACUUGGUGAAACGACAAAAUCUAGUUGGGAAACGCAAAGUAAGCGGGAGAAGGAGAAGCUGUCCAGCCUGGAGAAGGACAUCGAAAAACAGGCCAAAGAAAAGAACAAGUUGGAGGACAAGAUCACUCAGCUCGAGGCCGAUCUGGUCAGUGCCAAGAAGUCAUCCGAAAAGAGCAAGUCCAAUCUGGAGAAGGAGAUCAAGGAUCUCAAGACCAAAGCAAACAAAUCGGACAGCAAGCAGGUGCAGGACCUUAAGAAGCAGAUGGAGGAGGUCCAGGCUUUAUUAAGCUCCGAACAGAAGCGCUACGAAGACCUCAACAACCACUGGGAGAAGCUCUCUGAAGAAACCAUUCUGAUGCGAGCGCAACUCACCACCGAGAAGCAGAGUCUCCAGUCCGAACUGAGCGCCCACAAGCAGAAGAUCUCCGAAAUGGACACCAUCCGCAUCGAGCGCACCGACAUGGCAAGGAAGUUGAGUGAGGCCCAGAAAAAGAUCGCCGAUCUGCAGGCCAAGGCUCUCAAGGCCGUCAAUGGCAACGGGAACGAGUACGAGCGCACCGUCCUAAAGAACAAGCUGUCGGAGAAGGAGCACGAGUACGAACGGCUGCGUCGGGAGAACGAGAUGAACAUCGACCUGGUCUUCCAGCUUCGCAAGGAUAACGACGAUCUGAACAGCAAGCUCAGCGACUACAAUAGAAUCGAGCAGGCCCAAUCUUCGCUAAAUGGACACGGAGCGAGGCGCGAGGCAGAGAUCAGGGAGCUCAAAGAACAAUUACAGAGCACCGAACUGCAGAUGAAAUCCGAAGUGGCCACUGUUCGACUUCGCUAUGAGCAACAGGUUAAGAACCUUGGCGGUGAACUUAACUCAAUGCAGCGCCAAUGUGAACGGUUCAAAAAGGAUCGCGAUGCCUUUAAGCAGAUGCUGGAAGUGGCCCAGAAGAAGAUUGGCGACCUCAAGGCCAACAACACGGGAAGACAGAGUCGUGGAUCCAUGCACAGCAGCGAUGACGAUGACAAGAGCAAGAUUGCCUACCUAGAACAGCAGAUUGGCCAUCUAGAGGAUCAGUUGGUCGAGUCCCGCCUGGAAUCGAGCAAGAUAAAAACAGAACUCGUUUCCGAGCGCAGUGCCAACGAGAUCAAGAUAUCGGAGAUGCAAUCGAAGCUCAACGAGUUCGAAGAGGAGCGCGUCAUCGGGUCGGGCAGCACCAAGUUGCCGGGAAUGAAAACCAAGCUGGAGCUGUCCUGGCAGAAGGAGCGCGAGGAUCAGCAGCGACUACUGCAGGAAACCUCCACGCUUGCGCGAGAUCUACGCCAAACCCUCUUCGAGGUGGAACGGGAGCGUGACAAGGAGCGACUGGAGUCCAAGCGGAAGCUCGACCAGAUCAAGCGGGCCACCGAAGAGGAAAUGGAAGAGGGUCGCAAAAAGAUUGCCGAGCUGCAGUGUGAUCUACUGGAGCUCCGCGAUGUCCACGCAAAGUUGCGUACCUCCAACGAGAAGUUGAGGCGCGAGCGUGAACGCUACGAAAAAGAGCUGAUAAAACGACGAAUGGAGGCAGAUGGCGGAGAUCGUAAGGUGGGCGCACUUUUGCAGACCGUGGACGAGCUGGUGAAGAUUGCUCCCGACUUGAAAAUGGUCGGCAGCGCGGGAUCAGCCCGCAGCAGCAGCUCUGGGUACGACAAGAACUUGCGUCCGGAUCAGCCGAAUGUGCGUCGCAGUCGGUCGCCAUCGCCCACCCUGAGCAGUUCUCAGAUCACCAGUGUCCUGGCCAGACUGGCGGAAGCCUCGGAGGAGCUGCGCAAGUUCCAGCGGGUGAACGAGGACGAACAGGAGCGCAGCCGGAUGAGGCGGAGUAAUCUGCGUCGAGCUGCCUCCCAGGAGAACGAUCCGCACGGCAGCACCAGUUCGGUCGCAAGUGCAGCUGGAUCGCAACGGGGCGGAGGUCGGUUGUCCCGGAAUUCGUCAAACAAUGGGAGUCUGAUUCGGAAGAGCCUUUCACUGGACCACUCCAUACAAAGGGAUCAGAAUAUUUGGCGUCAAGACGACGGCAGUGUGUCCUCCAUGCAAUCUAUAGACUCCGAACUGGGUGGCCUGGUGAGGGACUCCAGCUUGGACUCCCGCCUGGACUCGCGACUAUCCGGUGGGUCCACCCAGAGCGACAUACCACGGGGACCUCGCAAGAAGAAGAAGGGCAUCAUGGGCAAGCUGCGCAGCCUGACCAAAAGCAGUCGCAAUUCCGAGAGUGAAAUAUCAAUUCAAGGAUCUGACUCGGACAUCAGCGUCGCCAGUGACUUGAGAUCGAGCAAGAAGGAUCUUCGAGGCCGGCUUUCGGGAAUGUUCAAGCGUUCCGGCUCCAACUCCCGCAGCGAGAGCAUGGAGCGGGCCGGAACCGAUCAGAGACCCGUGGCCGUCACUGUCGUGGGACAUCCUGAUGGACCGCAACCACGAGAGCCGCCGCCUGCCAAUUCCCUCACUCCCAGACCCAUACGUUCUAUCCCCAAGCCGCCCAGCGGCGGUGCACCCACGACACCAACCACAAGACGUAGAGUAGCCAAGUAGUCGCCACUGGUUAAUAGGUUUCAAUCUCAUAGGAUUCAUCGUAGCUGCAGACGUUCGAAUAACCCUCGCUCUCAUUGGCUCCCGAAUUGGAAUGUUUACUCUUGCCAAGCCAUCAUAAUUAUUUGUUUUGAAUAGUUUACUACAUUUUUAUUUGAACUCUCAGCCGAAAUAAAGUCAUUUUCAAAUAA